AUGACCGAAGACGCGAAUACCAACGACAAAGCACCUCCGCGCACAAUCAGCGGGAGUUCGGGCGAAUGCGUGAUGAACCAGCACUGGAUCCCUUGGGCGCUGUUCGACCUGUCCGGAGCGCAAGCUUUAAUGCGCGGAAGACCGCAGUUAUUUGUGGCGCGUCGAUACGGCGACACCACUCGCAUUCACGUGGUUGUGAUGUGUUCCAUCACGACGCUCUAG